AUGCUGCACCUACGCUCGUUUACAGCAGCUGCACUCGCCCUCACCCUCGUCUUUCUCCAGGGUGCUGCUCCCACAUUGGCUGCUAUUGCAACCGCUAGUGUCCCCGUAUCCAGUUUGACUCAUGACGUCGAGGGAGAUUUUUCAGUCAUUUACUACGGUAAAAAGAACGCAGAAUCCUUACUUGUGGGAAAUGACGGGAGUGCGGCAACCGGCGGAUGGAAAGCCUGGAAGCUCGUCACCGAUCCCACCACCAAUACCCUACGGGAGCAUACAGCCAGUGUCCAUGGACGCACCAAGGUGAUAGGCGUGAUGUACGAUAUUGGGGAGAAGGACAUUAUUGUUUCAAUUGCUGCCACAGACUCCGUACUGCGCGUUUACGAGGUUGCCGAUCCCGGAGAACAGCCCUCAAACCGGAAGGUCAUGUUGGGCGAUUGGUCUGCUCUCUGUCCAUGGCGCAGCCCCAAAACUGGAAAUCAGUAUUUUUAUUUGUUUGGAAAGAAGCGGGCGGUGCAAUUCAUUAUCAGGAGGGAGGGGAGCAAGUUUGAAAUUCUCGAGGUUCAAACAUUCGAUCUUCCUGUCGAGCCAAACUCCUGUGCUGUUUCUCCCAGGGAAGGGACGGUCUACUUCUCAGCUGACGAUGAUAAGACUAUCUACAGCUUCACAGCCGAAGACUCGACGACGGCUCCUGAAAUUACUGUGCUUGGAAAAGCUGAGGAUGACAUUACCGGAUUGGCCACAUACGUUACCGAAGCGUCCAUCUACUUGUUUGUUGCCAGUGGUGAUACCAUUGGCAUUUACUCACCAAAGCUUGAGCUUCGGGGAACCAUUGAACUCACCAACACAGAGGAUAUCGAGAUUGAAGGCUUGUCAAUCGGCCAGUCGAAAAGUGCUAACCACCCUGCUGGCCUGCUUAGCUAUGUUUUGGCAUCGAAAGCACGGAAAUCGUUCGGUGUUAGCUCUUUGGAACUAGCAUUUAAGAAGUUGGACCUCGAAGUCAACGUGAAGCAUAACCCACGCCCAUCAAAACAUUUUCCGAAAGGAAAUAAGCAUAACGGGUUUGAAAACCGUGAUGGCUCACUUUCUUGUUUCGCAGGAUUUGCUGGCAAGAAAUGCUUAGACUUCACUUGCAAAAAUGAUUGUUCAAACCGAGGAAAAUGCGUUGGACCUAACGUAUGCAAAUGCAAAGAUUCCUGGAGCGGACCGGAUUGUUCAUUCCUCCUUGUGGAACCGAAGUUCGAAACAGAUGCCAGCGGUCGCGAUGGAGAUGACCCCGCCAUUUGGAUCUCACCGUAUUCUGGCAACAAGUCAAUGGUUAUAACUACGACAAAAUCCUCUGAGGGAGCGGGGUUGGCUGUAUUUAACCUCACAGGAAAUCUGCUCCAAGUGAUGAAAGCAGGACAGCCAAAUAAUGUAGACGUUAUCUACAGAAUGAAAGCUGGUCAAAGGACUAUCGAUCUCGCAUACGCAGCUUGCAGAGAAGAAAACACAUUGUGCCUCUUUGAAAUCACCCGCGAAGGCCUCUUAGCUGAAAUCCCUGGCAGCUCGCAGCCCACAAAGGACGGCUACAAGGUCUACGGUUCCUGUGCCUAUCGUUCCCCCAGUAGUAGCAAACAAUAUCUUUUCGUCAACUCCAAAUCCUCCGAAUACCUCCAGUACGAACUGACAGUCUCGUCUAAUGGCACCUUGUCUACAACACUCGUCCGCAGUUUCACCGGCGGCUCAGGAGGCCAGCCUGAGGGAUGUGUUGCGGAUGAGGACGCUGGUGUCAUUUUCAUCGGCGAAGAAGCUACCGGUGUAUGGCGCUAUGACGCUGAACCCGAUGGCCGCAACGAGGGCACAAUGAUCGCCCGAGCGGGCGAUGGAACUCUCUUCGCGGACGUUGAAGGCCUCACGCUUGUUCCUGGAAAGACCGCGUCGCAGGGUUUCCUGAUCGUGUCGUGCCAGGGUGUCAGUGCUUUCUCCGUCUUCCGUCGCGCGGCACCCCACGAGCAUGUACUCACUUUCACGAUUGGGGUGUCGAGCGACGGCCGAAUUGACGCAGUGUCAAAUACAGAUGGCGUGGCUGCGGUGGGAACGUGGUUAUCGGCUGAUUUCCCCCAUGGACUGAUCGUUGUGCAUGAUGAUGCGAAUCAGCUACCUUCACGUGGCGAGACGUCACCGUUGACUAGUUUUAAGUUGGUGAGCUUGAAGGAUGUGUUGGGUAAUGAGGCGCUCGCGGAUUUGAAGCUGUUGGAUGAAGUGGACAAGGCAUGGGGAUUAGAUAGGCUCCAGGUGGAUGAGUGCAGGUAG